AUGGGGCUCAACGGUACGCUCACGGCUUAUCAGAUUGAUGUUCUUUCAACCGUGUAUUUGCUCUCCUUAACUCCCAGCGUGAUUGGCAGCUGUUCUGUGCUGGUGGUUUCCUUAAUGCGAUGGAGGCAUCUGAGAGAACAGGUGCUUCUCCUGGUCCAGCUGUCCUUGGCAGACCUUGCGGCUGCUGUGGUCCUGAUGUUCACCAGUGUCUUGAAUAAAGUCCAGGAGGACAACAAUGUAACCAUUUGCCAAUAUAGCCUGCCUCUGUCAUUGACAUUUUAUCUGAUCUCUUUCCUGCUGGUGGCAGUAUACGCGUGGAAGUCCAAAAACAACAUAAAAGGAUGGAGAACGACGCUCGUCGAAGACGAGGCUGGGCGGCGUCCCUGCAGGAGUCGAGUAUUAUCCUUACCGGUGUAUGUUUACGUGUGGUCGAUUCCUGCUGCCGUCUACUUAUCGUACGUGUUGACUCCCUUCAUCAAAUCGGCUCCACUCGAUCCAAACCUCAAAAUCGUCACCCGUCAAGACUGCGCAAAAUAUUGCUCCAGUUGUCUAUUGUUCUUACACAUAUGGAAGGAUUCCUGCUCAGAUGCGGAAAUCAUCCAUUACACUUUUAUGCGAGUCUUUCUGUUUGCAGUGGUGAUUCCUGUGAUGUUUUCUUGCGCCGUUAUUUACCAUAAGGUGGGCAGGUGGUACGAAGAACACCAACAGGAGGCGCUUUUCCCUGUGGAAGGAGAUGGGCGUUCCAGCAGGAGAUUGAAAGGUGUCUAUUCCACAGCCAGAAACAUGGUCAUGGUCAUCUUUUUCUGUUGGGCACCAGCCCUCCUUCUCAUUUUGCUCUCAACCUUGAUGGUGUGGCCCGGUGUUGAACAGCGCAGCCUGUUCGUCGCCUACCUGAUCCAGGCCGCCAGCGUGUCUUUACAAGGCUUCUUCAACAGUUUGGUGUACGCAUGGGGACGCCCCAACUUUACCCUGGCAGUACUGGGCGAGAGAACGCCCUUGAUGGCGUACCGACACACGGCCUUCUUCGAUGAAUCGCUACAGAGUGAAAACAAACAUGAAAAAGUGAUUUUAUUUAAAUGAGAUGUCGCUACGACUGGAAGUGAGAGCGGACGCACAAAAACUGGUCAAGUGUCCUCUCUCUGAAACUGCUGAGGUCAAUAUGAACUUUCCGAAUUAUUUCUAUUUUCUAAAUUGCCACGAUCAACUCAAUAGAUGUUAAAAAUCAUAAUCCAGGAAGUAAAACGUUUUGUUACAGUCGUGUUUGUUUUUCAAGUUGCUCUGUAAAUUAAUGAAUCAUAUUGUUGGUAUGCCUGAAGUUGAACAGCUUGUUUAUAACCUACAUAAAAUGUGAGUGUUAGGUAGGUUUCACUUUAAGUAAGUUCAUUACCUCUCAGUGGGAGGCACUGCCACCCUCCCACUUCAAACAGAUUGGACUUCUGUGAUGUCAGUGGCAGCCAAUGAGUGCAUUUAAGGGCAGGAGGGCGGAGACGAGGCGGGAAUGCUCUGGACUCUGGUUUCAGUCCCAUUGGCGGUGCUAUCGUCCAAUCCAGUCGAAAUUAAUUGGAAGUUCUGCGCAAUUAAUGGAAGUUAGGGAUCUAAUGUAUUCUAAUGGAAGAUGUUGGUAGCAACCUAUUUCCCCUACUUUUUUUUUUUUUUUUAACAGUGCACCUUUUUCAAAUGAUAUAUCGAUUCUUGUGGGAGCAUAUCGGUAACCUUUUGGGCUACAAUGUAUUGCAAUUAGGGCUGUCAAAAUU